AACAAAUACUCAACAAAGAGAAAAAAGCUUAUAAGCAGCCAAUCCAAACGGGCUCUAUAUGUAUUUGCUUUUCUAGGUUCUUUUAGAAAGAAGGAAUUAACUUUGCUGCCAUGGAAGUUCAAGCAAACUCUGACAGUACUUCUCUUUCUAACCAAAGGUUAUUGGGAAAAGUCGCUUUAGUCACCGGAGGGGCAAGUGGCAUAGGAGAGAGCAUAGUGCGUCUAUUUCAUAAACAUGGUGCAAAAGUAUGCAUUGCUGAUAUUCAAGAUGAACUUGGACAGCAUGUUUGUGGGACCCUUGGUAAUGACCAGAAUGUGUGUUUUAUCCACUGUGAUGUUACUGCAGAAGCUGAUAUUAGUAACGCAGUUGAUUUUACCGUUCAAAACUUUGGUACACUUGAUAUACUGGUUAAUAAUGCCGGGUUGUCUGGCCCCCCUAUUCCAGAUAUCCGUGACUAUGAACUUUCUGUGUUUGAGAAUGUGCUUGAUGUGAACUUGAAAGGUGCUUUCCUUGGAAUGAAGCACGCGGCUCGAGUAAUGAUUCCGCUAAAGAAAGGAUCGAUAGUAUCUCUGUGUAGUGUCGCGAGUGUCCUUGGGGGAAUUGGCCCGCAUGGUUAUACAGCUUCCAAGUAUGCUGUUUUGGGACUUACGCAAAAUGUUGCAGCCGAGAUGGGAAAACAUGGUAUACGUGUGAAUUGUGUUUCUCCUUAUGCUGUUGCAACUGGAUUAGCUCUUGCUCACUUGCCUGAGGAGGAAAAGACCAAAGGUGCACUAGAAGGUUUUCGUGCUUUUGCUGGCAAGAAUGCUAACUUGCAGGGUGUGGAAUUGAUGGUUCACGAUGUUGCUAAUGCUGUGCUUUUCUUAGCCAGUGAUGAAGCAAGGUAUAUUAGUGGGCAUAAUCUGAUGAUUGAUGGUGGUUUCUCUUGUGUUAAUCACUCUCUUAGGGUCUUCAGAUAGGUACAUGUUGAUCAAUUUUUUAGUGUACUUUCAGAGAUUGUCAUACUGUUUGUGAUUUUUCCAUUAAACUAAGACUACGUAUUUAUUAUUUUAGAAAAGGAAUAUCUGGUUGUAAUCUGGUCUUUCAUAGGAUUAUGCCCAAAAAAGAAAAAACAAGAUAGGACUAUGCCCAAAAAUGAAAAAACAAGAUAGUUCUCUUACAGAUGUUAAAGGAUGAGAUUGGCAAGUUUAGAUAUAGUUGCUUUGUA